GCUUGCUCCGAAAUUUAUUUUCCCUGCCCAGCAUUUCCCCUUCCCUUUAAACAUAUUUUUGCUCGGAGAUCAAAGCACGCUGAGACGAUAGGACUUCCGAGGCAGCACGAAGAGCUGGGCAGUGCCCGUUAAGGCACCGUGGGACGGAGUACUGUCCCCCUGCGGGUCCCCCUGCUCGCUGCCGGUGCCCUCGCAAGGAUCCCAGCGUCAAGCCAGUUCAGAAGGAAGCAAGGGACCGCGGCCUGCCCGCGACUGGAGGAACGAACGCACUGAGGCGGCUGCGUUCUGUCGACUACACGCGACGUUUGUAAUGUAAUGUCACUACGGACGGACACCCGCGUCGGUGCGAACUCCGACUCUCAGGGCCGCGAGCUGCGGCAGCCGCUGCCGGGCUGCCAAGCCGGCUCCGAACGGCGCAGCCUCACGCCCUGUAGCGCGCGCAGCGCCCCGAGCCGCCCGCACUCGGCCGUGCCCCGCACCAAUCUCGGCUCCGCCUCGCCCCGCCCCGCCCCGCCCCGCCCGGCGGAGGCAGCGGCUGCGCCCCGCGGCAGACACGCAGCGCCCCGAGCCAUGGCCGUCCGCCGCCUGCUGGGGCUGCUCGUCGCCGCCGCGCUGCUGGGCGCAGGUCAUGGGGACGACCCAGGGGGAUUCAACCUAGAAGAUGCCCUCGGCCCCAUACGGCCCACACCCAAGGGACCCAAAAAGCCGGCUGGUGGGACAGGAGGGAGAGACUUUGACCUGGCUGAUUACUUCGAUAACCCUGUGGAGCCCACCAGCAGGCCAGCCAGGCCAACCGCCAGGCCCUUCCCACGGCCGGGGAAGCCAGACAAUGGCCUUUGGGAUGUCAUCCGUACCACCACCACCAAGCGGCCAAAAACAACGCAGGCCCCCCGCAAACAGAACCCAGGGAAGAAUCCUUUGGAUCUGGACUUGUCUGAUGCCCUUGGAGAUUGGGAUGAUGCGAGGGAUGGCAGGCAGCCGGGCGUGAGGCCGGAGGAAGGAUUUUCAGACAGCGACCUGGAAGGCAUUGUGGAUGAUGGCUACAGCCCUGACAAGAAGAAAGGAUCUGGAGGCAACACUGACAGCCAAGACAAACAGGUGGAGACGGGCACCAUCGCUGGCAUUGCCAGUGCCCUGGCCAUGGCCCUUGUGGGGGCCGUCUCCAGCUACAUCUCCUACCAACAGAAGAAGUUCUGCUUCAGCAUCCAGCAGGGACUUAACGCCGAAUACGUGAAAGGGGAGAACAUGGAAGCUGUCGUAAGCGAGGAGCCCCAAGUUAAAUACUCAGUACUGGAAACACAGUCAGCAGAACCGCCGAAACAUGAUGGUGCAAAGGUGUGAGGGCACGGCCUCCCAUCCCCUCCUGCUGGGAAGGAGCCCGGCGGCAAACACUGAGAUCUCACCUGCUUGUAAUUUAGCUAUUUAUUUCAUUUGAAUCCAAAGCUGUUUGAUGUGUACUUAGGCUUGAACUGGCUUCUUACUGCUCUAGGCUUUAGGGUUAGGAUGGCAGUAUGUGCUUAUUUUUUGUAACAAGAUUUGUUUACAUGGAAGGAAUACUGCAAGUUUGACUGCAAGUUGUAUUCAAACCAGCAGCAGGUGCUUCAGCAGCGAUCCCCUGUUGGUAGGGGAUUGAGGACGAGGUCUUUUGCAAGGACUGCUUACAGGUGUGACGACAGCGAAGUGCCUGUUAUUAGCAACCCAAAGCAAACCAGCCACCUCCCUCCGUCAGUCUCCCUGUGCCACAGUGCUGCUGCCGAGGCCUGCUCUCACUGCCUUGGUGCUGCUUCCUCUUCCCCGGCCUUCUCAUACUGAUGCCAAGACGUGGGGACAGACACCUGCUGAUGCGCUUUCCCAAAGCAGUGCGAAGUGAAGAAGUGACUGCCUAGCGUAAAAGGAACUCCCAGUUUAUAUGUAGCCCUGAAAUACGUGCAUUUUUUAAAAUGUUUUGCAAAUCCCAAAUUGUGCAAUUGUAUAUGGACUACCAAAAGCGUUUCAUUUGAUUCAGAGCUGUCAGGCAGACGUGACUGCCACAAGGCCUUGCCAUGAUCCUUGAGGUCCCUUCUGGCUUGAGCCAUUCUAUGACUCGAUGAGCAUUCUGUCCCACAGCUCCCUUUGAAAGGAAAUGGCCCAGUCACGUUUUAAGUACUUUGCAACAACUGUGCAAUUCUUUAUGCUCUUCGUAACGCUUGCAUUUUUAAAGCCUUACACUAGCUCUAGCAGAACAACUAUGGCAUUUUAUAAGGGAGAUGAGUUCUAAUGAUAUAUGUAUUUAGAGCACUUCGUCUACAAUACUGCUAUUAACUGUCGGUACUUCAUUGUACAAAUGUAUGUGGAUUAGAGAAAACAGUUCUCAGCUGUUCUGAGACUGUAACUCUCUGCUCAUAUGUAAUUAGCAAUAGCACCAGAGGGAAUGGCCUCAUGUUAUACCAGGGGAGGGUCAGGUUGGAUUUUAGGAAAUACUUCUCUGAGACAGUGGUCAGGCUCUGGAACAGGCUGCCCAUGGAGUGGUGGAGUUGCCGUCCCUGGAGGUGUUCAAGAACUGUGUAGAUGUUGUACUGAGGGACAUGAUUCAGUGGGAAAUAUCAGUGGUAGGUAGGCAGUUGGACUGGAUAAUCUUAGAGGUGUUUUCCAACCUUGGUGAUUCUAUGAUUCUGUGAUUCUAGGACAGAUGCAGAAUACACUCCCUACGUUUGUGUACUCAAAGUGUCAGAUUUUAUUGGGUGAUAAUGGUUGGAGAAUUCUGCUGGGCACAGGCAGGCACUCCAACGCGAGGAAAGCCAUGUCCCCAGGGUCGGGCUGUGCUUCUCCCUUUCCCACACCACCACCUGUCUUUUCUCUCUUAGCUGAAUGGAUUUGAAGGCUGUAGCAUGAAAAAUGUUUUUACAAAAUGAUUGUAUAGAAGGUGUCGCAAUACGAUACUGAUGAGCACUAGGACUCAUUUUAGAUUAGGUCAAGUGAAUAUAAUCCCAUUUAUUUUAGCUGAUACUGGCGUUGUCUGCAGAUUAUCAGCAUGUUUCCAUGGCCCUGCACUCUCUGCCCACCCUGCGGAUGGGACAGGGGGUGCUCAGUAUUGCUUACAGGCCGUAACACUUGGUUACCCUCCUUUAGGAAAUGGUUACAGCAGGACACAGAAGAAACACGCAUGUAACUCACAAGUACUGCAAGUGGUGGUUUCACUGAGGAAAACCAGCCCUUUCAGAAUGCAAAAGCAAACAGCACUUUCCCUAAGGCCUUUUAUAUGACUUUGAUGAAAACUUACACCUUAAUGUAACAUCAGGGUAUAUGGAAAAAUGUAAACGCGCAGUGAAACGGAUGACAUUUUCAGAAGUUUACAGUAACAGAAUUAAAAAUCUCUCUCUGGGAUUUCAGAGGGGAAAAUAUUGACAAAUACUGCAGAGAAGAAAUUAAACUCAGUUUUGUUUUCAAAACUGGACAGAAACCAAAGCUGUGAUGUGCUGAGUGCCAGCUACGGCUCAGCUGGCUUCAUGCAGUCUGCUUCCUCCUCUGUCUGCCUGGCAGAUGGGUGUGAGAUGUGGGGAGCUCAGACCUCGCACCUUCACUACUUCGGGCACUACAGUGAUGGAGUGCUCAGCUGUAUUUUCCUGGCAGUGAAGCAAGUGCUGAAAGAACGGACACAGUGCUCACCUCUGUAGCCAUCUUCAUUUCGUUAGUAUCCAUUCACUUUAAAUUGGAAUAUAGAAUAUGUAAAAUUCUUGCACUUUAAUUCUGUGUACGUGGCAUGAAAUUUCUUGUAUUUAAAAAGGCAGUGAAACAAGACAAGUGGAAUACUAGGAUUUUUUUUUUUUUUCCCAAGUCCCAAAGCGUAUACAGAGCUGACUUGAGAGCUCAUGUGAGGUUGUGCUGUGGGCUCUUUUCUCACAUCUCCAGCUUCACUAAAGCUCUUUCUCAUGUAACAGUUCAGAAAAGCUUUCACAAUUACACCGAAAACAGAACUGAAGGAACUUAACCAGCUUUUAUCCCACUGUUUACCAACUGCUUGCAUUUUCCUUUGGCAGUACUGUAGCAGGUUCUUCAUUUUAGAAUACUGUGCCAUGGAAUUCUUCAGUUUAGAAUACCCCGUUGUGAAUUUCAGAUUCUUUGUGGUGCUUUAAUGCUCAGUCGUUUUCUCGCAGCCUCAUUAAGGAAUCCCAACAAGCACUGCACUGCCAUUGUUCCCUAUUCAUUUGUUGUGGUAACAGUGGAAUUACUCCACAGUACCAUUUCAGAUUCUGAAAAAGCAAAAUGAUGAGACGGGGUAAGGCGUUCACAUUUGGUUCUGUAAUAAAAGGGAACAAAUGAAGUUCAGAAACAAAAUUCUUGUGAAAUUGGAGUCAUAUCUUGUGAGUGAAAUCCUUAUCUAAAAGCAAAGCAUAUUGCUUACUGAUGCAGAAGCAAUCUAUACCAAACAAAGGCUGAAUGUUCUGCUGUGAAAAGAUUAAUUCUGCUAACAUUGACAAAUGCAUGUAAGGGUCAGUGGGGGGAAAAGAUCAGAAUCUGACUACCAUUGGAAAACAUUAAAACAAACUGUCUACUAAGGCAUUUUGGACAUUUUUUUCCAUGUUGCAAGUCAACUGCAAAUGGCAGACCAUUGCCUUUCUAUACGUAAACUUCUUCUACAAUGACACUAAAGACUUCAUUAAAAAAACAGCAGAAGAAACACCCUUCCCAACACAUAUCAAAAUGGUCUUUGUGAGGAAACGUAUCAUUAAGGGACUGUAAAUUAAAGGUAAAUGUUGAAGUAUGUAAGCACACGCACUUGGUCAUCAUCCCUCUCCUCCUCAGGCCCCUGAGCUCAGGCACUGCAGUGCACUGCCCCUGACUGCACUCACUGGCUGUCAGUCUGUCGCACCGCUGCAGGUUUCCUGUGGUUCUCUUUACAUUUUUACAACCAGUGAAUGAAUCUCCCAUGCAAUGUUAAUGAAGAUUUUGACGUUUGUGUAACAAUGCAUUGCUUAGUCUGACAGGCAAAAAAUGUGUUCAUGUUUCAAACUACCCACUACUUCCAACUCCUUGUAGAAAUAAAAUUCCUUCUUCCAAACUGCAUAUGGCAGUCAAGAGAUGCCUGGGGUAGGAUAUCCACUUAGUUCAGAUAUGAUCUCUCAGCACAUGAGCAUUCCUUUUUGCAUCUUCUACAAUUAAGGUUUGCCUCACCAGGGGAAUAUUUUGAGUCACCCCUUUUACCCUGUCCUCUGCUACAGUGCUCAAACCACCCAAAUGUGAGCUGCUGUUCCCUUAUUUAUUUCCAGCUUCUGAGGAACCAGCCAUUCCCGGCAUUACUAAAUAAUGGCUUAAGACAGCUUUUCUUUUAAACCAGGAGAGAAAUCGCUUUCCUUGUUUAAAGCAUUAACUCCUUGCAGAAGGCUGCCUGUGGAGGGAACAAAACAGGGCGGAUAAGACGGUUUACCAGCUUUAAAAGCCGCCUUCCAUUUUUCUGAAACCAAAACACUGACACUUAUCUACAGAGGAGGAAAAAGUAUAAUUAAGCCCUGAAACAGGACUGAAGUGUCAAAAUGUCUGAUGCUGAUGAUUCACUUAACUUCACAAGCAAAAACUGUUUCAAUUGUUUAUCAUGGCUUCGGUGUACUCUGGUAUACCAGGUUCAUGUUGUUUGCUUUGUCAAGUGUCACGGAGAGAUCAAACUGAACUGCUUGCUGUCCUUCUGCACGUUCCCUUUACAAUGAGUCAAAAACAAACAAAUAAAGCAAAAGGAAAUGCCGCUACUGAAUUAGAGUUAGCAGUUCCAUACAGGGUACAUGAAACAGGGAGCAGCAUUCUGCUCUUACUUCAAACAGUCCAAUACUGCCUUAUAAAACAAACAAACAAACAAACAACAACAACAAAAAAAAAAACAAAACCAAAACCAAUGGACAGUUGUUAAAUCAAUAGGAAAAAACAUUUGAAUAUCGGGAAACAAACUGAGUACAGACUACUAAUCACCUCUGUGCUUUAGCUACCAUAUGUGACCUAUACAGAAUCUCCGCAAAUCACCAUGUCAGGUGUACAAAAACCACCUGUGCCAUGUACACAUUACAGCAGGAUCCUUGCCCCUCCAUUACCCCUGCAGUCAGGCAGAUGCCCUGGACUGUGCAGGUUCCUGCAGAUGAACUAGCAGCAGCAGAGGUAUGUAGGAGCCUUUGUGGCACAACACAGUUCUCACAUUGCAGCUCUAGGAACCUAAGCUUUUAAAAUCUCACAAUGCCUAAGCUAAUCCGGUCAUCACAUCUACAAUAGUUAUAGAGGAAACGUUGUGACUAUGAGCACCAAUAAAAACUUCAAAAGAUUUUCCUUAGUGCUGCAUUUUAGAGAUAAAAUGCUUUGCUUUAAUGUACAGUUAAAACGUCAAGGAAAUCUGAAGUAUGGUAGUUCAGUUGAAUACUAGCUUAACAUAUUUUGGCAAUGUAAAAUUCACUGCUGGCAUACAGUUUAGCAAAUUUUUUUUUUUU